AUGACCGAGUACGUGCACGACCUCUUCCCGCACGAGUACGAACGCGCGGUCGCGAUGCGCAAGGACGGUAUGGCCGUCGGGUCCCUCGAGUGGGAAAACUACUUGUACAGGUUCAUGCUCACGCUCGGCAUUGCUUGCUCGCGCCACUACUUUGCGUUCUUUGACAAAAUCCUCGACGAUGUUCAGGACCGACCGCAUUUGUACUCGUUCUAAGUCCAUUUA